AUGGUAGCUUCUGACGAUGAGUUCCCCCCUGUUCAAGGCGGUGGCUCCCUCUUGCUUGCCUGGCAAGUCCGGAACAGAAAAGUCCUUGUAGUGGGUGGCGGAAAUGUAUGAUACAGCCCCACUUCCCUCGUCCGCUACCGAUUCCGCGCCUAACACAAAUAGUAGGUCGCCGCCGGCCGAAUACUCAACCUCCUCAACGGCGACGCAAAAGUAACCGUGAUAACCCCAAGCACCGGCCUGCACCCGGAGGUCCACCACCGAAUCCUGAGACGUCAAGUAACGCACAUAGAUCGCAACUUCCAGCCCUCAGACCUAGAAGACCCAGACAUAGCCAUGGUCCUAACAGCAAUCGAUGACCCUCAAGCAUCAACACAAAUCUACACCCUAUGCAAGCAGAAACGUAUCCCGGUGAACGUCGCGGACGUGCCGCCAGAGUGUGAUUUCUACUUUGGCAGCGUGCACAGAGAUGGGCCAUUGCAGGUCAUGGUCUCGACGAACGGGAAUGGGCCAAAACUGGCGAACAUUGUGCGGAAGCAAAUUGCCGAGACGCUGCCGACGAACCUUGGAGAAGCGAUUGUUAAAGUCGGUUCCCUAAGGAAGAGGUUGAGGAAAGUCGCAUCGGCGUGUUCCGAAGGGCCGAAGAGAAUGGAGUGGUAUGUCCCCCCGCUCAAAUCUUACAAUUGUUCUCUUUUAAUGCCGACGGCGGAUGGUAAAUAGGAUGACAAGAGUCUGCGAAACCUGGAGCCUCGAAGAACUUUGUGACAUGGACGAAGACGACAUGGAAAACCUCCUCUCGCACUACCCCGAGAAUAAAGUGAUGACCUACAAAGAGCUACGAGGCGUACCACCCCCUUCCGAAGAACGUGAAGUAUUCGAAGAAGCUUUGGACGGAAGUUUUGGUUGGUUUUGAUUCGAGUC